AUGGUUCAAUGGGAGCUCUCAAUAUUAGCCAGGUCGACGUCGACCGCACUGCACAGUCGUCACCUGGCAUUACCCGCACGCAUUAUCAACCCAUGUAUUCCCCUUCUCCACCGCAAUCACAAUCACAAUCGCCCUGGCGUAUCACGGAGCUGGUCCAGCUGUCCCAGACAUGAAGCAAAGCUCCCCAUACACGAAUCACGGGCUCAAGUUACAGGCAACCCGAAAUUGGGCUUGAAGACGCUCAUCGAAGACGACAAGUUGUAUUACACGCAUAGUCGGUCCAAUCGAACGUUUUUAGAUACAUGGAACAUCGCUUUCCCAAGUGAAAGGGCUGCAUGGACGGAGCUAGCGUUACGAGCAUUGCGCGAUCGACUGUUCAGAACCUACCGUCGAAAUGCCUCGCUGGCAGCCAAGGCGACGGUCGAUAAUCAAUGGUGGAAAAUUCUGCAGGAUAUCGACGUGAUCGCGAAGCAACAAGUCGACUUGAACAACCCGGAUCUCAUUCGCGAUGCCUUCUAUUUCGGUGGCCUGGCUGAUCUCGCUCCGCAGAACCACAACGCUUAUCAGGAUCGAGGACGCUUCUCCCUCGAGGUUGCGUUCCAUCUCGGUCAUGGGCAGGCGCCAAUAGUCCUCGCGAGACAUGAGCUGGCGAUGGCCUCACAGCGGAAUCCUUACCGCAGGAGCCCGACACAGGCUGCUGAGGCAGAGCCUGUUGAUCUCCCAGCAGCCAUCGUGGACUAUCUCCGAGAAGUUGCCCUGUGCAGGCGCAACUGGGAGGCCAUGACUGCGUAUCUGGACUACAUUCUACGGAGGCGAUGUGGCCCCAAGGUGGUGCGGGAAAAUUUCGAGCUUGCGCGCGACCUUUCGCUCAUGGUCAGCCCUAGCCAGAGUUCCAGCGAGUUGAAGCCGGCGCUGGAACGGAUUGAGCCACCGUGGUAUCUGUUGCAGAAGGCUGCUGAUCAGUUCGUGGCUACGUUCUCCAAGUCAGGCAGCCCUGAAGAGCUGAAGGAAGCUCGGGAACUGGCGGCUGGUGCCAUCUCAUCAGGCGUUUCAGAGUGGGAAGAUAUGCGUGCGAUUGAGGAGGACCUCAAAUCUGAAGAGAGACCAUUAGUGGGGUCGGACAAGUGGCUGACCUACACAACGCAUAAAGCCAUGGCAGGCGAUGAUAAGGCCUGCUUUGCACUCGGUGACUACUAUAUCAGAAAGGAAGGUUGGCACCCCCACACACGUCAGCAGUCCGCCCCCAAGACUCGCAUGGGCCUGUGGUGGUUGGAGGCCAGCGCGUCUGCGGUACUCGACCAACCUGAGUUGUGUGCGCGCAGACAUCUUCUAAUAGCGCUGUUGCUCGACGAAAAUGGGCUUCACGGUGAGGGGGCUUCUGUCCUCGCACGGGGUGUUGAUGUCUUGGCCGAUUCGGCAGCCCCUGCUGGUGAAGUGGUCACCCAGUGGUUGAAAUCGUAUGCCACCGUCUGGCCUGACAUCGCAAACUGGCACACUUCGCCCCAGAUUGGGAAGGAUUGGUCCGCCACCGAUAAAUCGAUGAAUCUUCUCGACCGAGAAGAAUUCUAUAGAGAGGUCAAAAUCUGA